AUGGACAUGCGAGACUUCACCGACGACGAAGAGGAAGUGCUCUACGAUCUGGACGAAACCGCGCUGGCCCAACUCCCCCAGCACCUCCAGGACAACAUGCGCCAGCUCCAACUAGAACGGAUGUACAAACUGCAAGACCAGUACACCUACACGGAUCCGCAUAUCUCCAGACCUUCACGUCCCACUCCAUACGCGGAAUCCUGGUUCCAGAAUAUGAUGAUGCGACUGUCGGCCGAUCAGGAGAUGAGUGAGGCACACGACCUGCGCAACUCACCGAGUAUAUACGAGGAAGACGUCACCUGGGGAAUGAUCCAGAGACAGUGGACGACGACUACACAGCGCGAGAUGACGGAGCGCGAUCUAAGAGCGUCGUUGCAGUUCACCGACGACUGGUUCUCGAACCACGCCACCGUGGCGAGUGAUGAUUUCAGUAGCUACCCCAGUGCCAGCAGUCGAGCGACAACGACGCGGGUGGGUGGCAUGCUCGCACCGGUGUCGAAUGACAUGGGGUGUCAGAUAUAUCAGACUGAAGUACGGGAGAGCAGCGAUCGGCAGCGACUGGUUCCGAAGGCUUCCGCGCGGGUGCGGAAGAGGAACCUGUCCGUCUCGAUCAUUACCCAUAUGCGCUGUCGUGUGCGGAAGAGUGUUCAGAAGUUGAGCAAGUUUUUGAAGAAAUGA